GCCGCCACAGGCACAACAUCGACACCCGAGUUGCCCCCCCCCAAUCCUCUCUUUCCCCAGCGACUCUUGUCCUGUAUCGGCAUUGCCUGCAUUUGUGGGCAUCUAUCAUAUCUAGCGACUUUUUUUUUGCCUGCGAAGGGAACAUCAAAGGGCGACAUGAACGGUUUACGGCUGUCGGCAACAGCGCUGCUGAGCUCUCCCUUAAGGGCUGCGACUGCGGCAAGGCCUGUGAACACACGAAUCGCGGCAUAUACGCAGUCUAUCAGCCAGGCGCAGAUUGCCGGUCUUCACUCUACUUCUACAUCUUCUCUACGUGUUGAAUUAUUACCACUGAGAUCCCAAUUCUUACCCGAAUCCUUUCUAGCCGACCAAGCCUCCCCCCGAUCUAGGCGAACUCUUCAUCAGUCGGCAUCGCUGAGACGGGAGAAGAGCAAGGACACGGCGAAGGACGUCCCCAAGGAAGAAUCUGCCACCCAGGAGACUGCAGAGGAAGCUGCCAAGAAGGCCAGCGAAAACCCCGAGCAAGCUGGAGAGGAGAAGCCGAAGGACGAAGAGAAGUCCGAAGGCGAUAAAGAGGAGAAGAAGGAAGCCCCACCACCCCCUCCACCUCACGGAGAGAAGUCACCGUGGCAGGUGUUUACCGAAACAUUGCAGUCCGAGUUCAAGUCCUCGAAGGAGUGGAACGAGGGAACCAAGGCCCUGUCGGAUUCAGCCCAUCAAUUCACGGAGAGCGAAUCGGUAAAGCGCGCACGUCAAGCAUACGAGGCUAGCACAAGCAGAGUCUCGUCUACCGGCGCGAAGGUGUUGAAGACAACUGCUGGUGCCGUGGGUAAAGGAGCUGCGUGGACGUGGGAUACACAUGUGGUGAAGGGUGUUCGGUCGACGGUCAACGCCACCGGGGACGUGCUUGAGAAGUCAACCCGGCCGCUUCGCGAGACCGAAGCAUACAAGAACGUGAAGAAUGUUAUCGAUGAUGGUAGCAGCUCGAGAUAUGGUGGAUGGGUUGAGAAGGAGGAGAGGAGGAAGUCGAGAGAGGCCAGAGAGCUCGCUGAAAACGGCGGUGUUCCAGGUCCUCGGGAAGUCGCCAAAGAAGAUCCAAAUGCCGGAACCAAUGUCACUCUUCACAAGGAUGCAGCCUGGAAGGAGUCGUGGCGCGAGUUCCGCGACUCCAACAAGGUCAUGCAGGGUCUGUUCUCAAUGAAAUCGGCCUACAACGAAUCUGAAAACCCCCUCGUAUCGACUGCGCGAUCGAUCUCGGACCGCAUUGCCGGCUUCUUCGCCGAGAACGAGACGGCAAUGGUCAUCAAGAAGUUCCGCGAGAUGGACCCUGGAUUCCAGCUCGAGCCGUUCCUCCGUGAGAUGCGCGAAUAUAUCCUUCCUGAAGUUCUCGACGCAUACGUCAAGGGUGAUACCGAGACUCUUAGACUGUGGCUCAGCGCAGCACAGUUCUCGGUCUACGACGCGUUAUCAAAGCAGUACACCACUGCUGGCUUGAAGUCGGACGGAAGGAUCUUGGAUAUCAGGCACGUCGACAUUAUGUCCGCGAGAAUGCUGGAGCCCGGAGAUGUCCCAGUCUUCAUCGUCACCUGCAGGACACAGGAGGUUCACGUCUACCGCAACGCGAAGUCCAACGACCUCGCUGCCGGAAUGGAGGAUAAGGUCCAGCUGGUCACCUACGCCAUCGGCGUGACCCGCAUCCCGGAGGAAGUCAACAACCCCGAGACCCGCGGCUGGAGGCUUAUCGAGCUGCAGAAGAGCGGACGCGACUACAUAUGAGGAGCGCGAUCAUCUUGAAUUUUCUUUUCGAGUACUAAAAACGGGCCCUUUUUUGUCGGCAUUCUUUUGCAUAGCGAUUUCCUUUGUGGCUCCGGGGAUCGAUCUAGGUUUCGCCGCUAUGGAAAAUACGUAUUUCAGCAGGGGGCAGCCGAAAUGUACUGUAAUUGUAAGGCAUAUUUUGUAUGUAUAUAGCAUGUGUGGAGGUGGGAGUUCGUUGCGCCCGAGCGAUGGCGCUUUGGCCCAAGGGGUCUGCUUUGGUUACUGGACUCGACGGUCUGGCUCUCCCCACUCUUUGAUCGAAGUCAUGGCGGCAUGUCUUUAGAUGUACGAUUUAUUAUAGGUGUGGUGGUUGCAGGUGAUUGGUUGGCGAGGGAAAGGGGUAAAGGGCGCUCGUAUGGGCGGUUUGAAAAAUCUAGCCCGGAAUGUACAACAAAAUAGAAGC